UCUGCUUCUUAAUUGCUGUUCUAGUGUUAUCAGUGAACUGCUUUGCUCUUUACUCAACCACAGAUGAAGAUUCACUUCUUGCCUUCAAAACCCGAAUCACUUCAAACCCUUAUGGCAUCUUGGCAGAUAACUGGUCGACUACUACCUCAAAUUGCAACUGGAUUGGUGUUUCUUGCAGCAGGAAUCGACAAAGAGUAGUAGCUUUAAAUUUUUCCGGGUUCGACUUCACAGGCACCAUUGCUCCACAUCUUGGAAAUUUAACGUUUCUGGCUUCUUUAGACAUCAGUUUCAACAAUUUUACAGGGAUAAUACCCCCCGAGCUUUCCAACUUGCGUCGUUUAGAAGAGAUAAACAUGGGAUUUAACAGCUUCAUUGGAGAGGUACCUUCAUGGUUCGGAAUCUUACCCGAACUUCAGCAGAUUUGUCUGAAUAACAAUAGUUUCACAGGCAGCAUCCCUCCAUCUUUAUGCAGCAAUUCAAAGCUACAAACUCUGCAAAUGAGAAACAAUUUUAUAAAUGGAAAGAUUCCACAAGAGAUUGCCAAUCUUUCUGCCCUGGAAAUAUUAGGUUUAAGGUUUAACCAGCUUACAGGAUCCAUACCUUUCGGUAUCCUCAACAUGUCUUAUCUGAAGGUACUGGAUCUCUCGAUUAAUAGCCUGUCAGGAAGUCUCCCGGAGAACACAUGCGAUAGUAUCCCGAAAUUGACCGGACUCCAUCUCUCAAAGAAUCUUCUCUAAGGGAAAAUUCCGUCAAAUAUACACAAGUGCAGGUACCUCGAGGACCUAUCUUUAUCCCAUAAUCAUUUCAAUGGAAGAAUACGAAGUGCAAUUGGCAGCUUGACCAUGCUGAGGAGUUUAUUUCUGGGGAUAAACAACUUGGAAGGAGGAAUUCCAAUGGAAAUUGGUAAUCUUUCACGUCUAGAAUUAUUGAACAUACCAGGUGGCUCUCUAACGGGGCCAAUGCCAUCUUCUAUCUUCAACAUAUCUUCUCUGAAAGCAAUUGACUUUAGUAACAACAGCCUGUCUGGAAGCCCCUCAGUUCCCAUUUAUCAUAAGCUUCCAGAGCUGGAGCAGCUUUAUCUACGUUCCAAUCAGCUAACUGGCCUAAUUCUUCUGAACAUUUUGGAUUUUAAAAGGCUAUGGGUCAUAUCCUUGUCAGAUAACAAACUUACGGGUGGUCUACCUGCAAAAGUUGGAAACCUCACUAGGCUGAAGUAUCUAUUUCUAGAUAAUAACAGAUUGACAGGUAUGUUCGAUUGCUUUCACAUCCUUUACUUUGAAUGUUGAUAAUAUUAAAUUGUUUUCUGAAGUUUCCAUUUCACUCACGAGAAAAGAAACUUGGAAACUUGUCUUUCAGAUCUCAGUCGUAAACAAAGCCACAGGACAUCGUGAACCUAAAUCCCAAAUUUCUUCUUAUUAAUUCUGAAAUGCAGUUCAGCUAGCAGAUGUAUUUUAUUCAUGAUACAGGCUGUAGAAGGGCUGUUUUUGAAACCCCUCCCAUCUUUCUGUUAGCACAAUUACACUAGUUUACUAGCAUGUUUCUUACAUGAAUUUUCUAAAGGAACACGCCAACAUAGCCUCAGUGGAUUUUUAGGAUCACUGGGGAAGGCUGAUGUGGUUCGGAUUCCCCAACCGUAUUGCACAUCAAAUUUAAGUUAAGAGUUCCUUUUGUCAACUACAUUAUUGUGCUUCCAUGAUUUAGGCCGUCUAAUGAGAGAAUGAGAUUUAAUACUUACAAAACUUACAAUACUUACAAUAACAGCUAGGACACAUGGUAUUUUAAAUUCACCAUUUGAUUUAGUCAUUUAAUACUUACAAUAACAGCUAGGACACAUAGUAUUUUAAAUUCACCAUUUGACUUAGUUGGAGUAGCAUAUAAAGAACUGUAUUUUUCUUGACUUGUUCACAUUGUUUUUAAGUUAGAGUCUGUUGGAUUUUUGAUACCCAAUAAAUCUCAGACUAUGAUGUUAACGUGGGUUAAUAUAUUUCAUAAGCAUAAGCCAAUGAAUGAAAUAAGUCCAACAACCAAGUCCAUAAGCUCCACCCGGUCAAAUUGUAUUCCCUCUUGGAUGACUUAAAUCUUGACCCGUUUACCUCUUUUUUGGUCCAAUAACUCUAGCAUACUUAUAAGGAAUAAAACCUUGCCACUUUCUAGUAUGAUUAGUGUGGUUUGUGUGUGAGAAAAGGGGAAUCCUGGCUGCCCCUUGAAGUGUGUGAAAAAUGGCCUCUAGAAGUGUCCAAAACACUUGUUUACUUUGUGUAAUUGGUGGUUUCUUCAUAGGCUAUCUUUGUGCUGUUUUCUCCUUGCCUUUGUGGUCACAAAUUAUUACUGUUUCUUGUCCUUCGUGGGUAAAAUUGAAUAACAACCAAGGUAAAUUAUAUUGAUUGUGGAUCGGAAUGGGUUGGAUUGGUAAUUUGGUAGAGAAAGGUACGUUGGAUUGAGUCAAGAAAACAUCCAUUUGAAAAUCCUUGGAGAGAGUUUUCACAACAUUUGGUAUCAUAGUUUCAAGAUGGUGGUUUUGGCUCAUGAAAUAUACCAGAAAAUGACCUGGAAAACAGCAAAAACAUAGCAAAUAUCAGAUCGAAGAAGUUGUCUAGAAAACUAUGCAAAAUUCAAACUUGUUUGUGCAAUUUUCGGAUAAUCCAGGGGGAUUUUUGUGAAACGGAGACCAUUGGUGUAACAUACAGGUAGUGGCGGUUCAAGAGGUCUGGCACGUGAAGCCCACGCACCGGGGCUUGUGGUGGCACGUGAGAGCACGUGAGCAGAAAUUUCGAGGCAGUCUUUUCAGGCAGUUUGUUCCUCACAUUAUUUCUGACAUUUUGGUAUUGUUAGUUUUUUUGUUUCAGGUUGUGCAGUA